AGUUUGCAUGUUCUCCCUGUGCAUGCCUGUGUUCUUUCUGGGCACUCCGGUUUCCUCUCAGAGUUCAAAACCAUGACUGUCAGGUUGAUUAGCCUUUAAAUGUCUCUCUAAAAGUGUGUGUGUGUGCAUGAUUGCUUGUCCUGUCUUUGUGUUGCCCUGUUCUCUAUCUGUAACAAAGAUGUACAUUGCCUUGCCAAAGUACUUAUACCUCUAAAACUAUUAUCACAUCUUGUCACGGAAGAGCCACAAGCUUCUGUGCUUUAAUUGGGAAAAGGAGUACAAAACUGUGAAGAGGAAUGAAAACAAUUCUGAAAAAUGUAAUGUUUGUAUUCAGGGUGGUUUUCUCAGAUACCCCUAUAUAAUGCAGUCCACCCAGUUUUAUUCAGAAGUCACCAAAUUAAUCUUAAACAUGUCUCACGGUUCCUGCAGGAGAGAAGUGUCCUUCAGCAUGACGCUGCUACUAACAUUUACACUGUUUGCACGGUGUGCUUGUGGUGAGGUGCAGUGUUCAUUUUCCACCAUGCACAACAAGUUUGAAAAAAAUUGGGACUGUAAAUCACUGUAUAUCCUAAAACAACCCUACCAAAAAACAAAAGCGUUUUGCAAUUUUGUCUUUUUCCUGAAUUUGGGAAGUUAAUUUUUUUUAAAUGUUCUAGAAAAAAUGUUCUGCCUAUUCGCAGCAAUAAGAACGACAUGUGAGUCAGCUCUUCAAAACCUUUUUCUGUACUUGGGAAAUUUAACAAACGCAAAUCAGUGAAAGUCGCUGGAUGUUUGCAGUCCUACCUGUUAUGGUAAAAUGGUAAAAUGUACAUGGGUUUGUACAGCACUUCAUCAAGUCUGAGGACUCCAAAGCACUUUUUGCUGCAAUCAUUCAUACAAACAAUCACGUGAUGAUGGUGGUAAGCUACAUUGUAGCCACGGUUGCCCUGGGCAGUUUGACAGAAGUGAAUCAGCAGUUAAUCGCCCCCACCCCUCCCUCACUAUCACCAGCUAUUAAAAAUAUCAAAUCGAAAGAAAAGUUGAAGUUAAUAUUAAGUUGUAUUCUGUGUUGUAGUAUACCUUUUCCAUUUUAAAUUGAUUUUUAUUUGUCAGUGAAACUCUCAGCUCAAUCCUACAGCCGACUUGACACAGUCUUGGUCUGUCGCACACUCUAAAAAUCUGGAUUAAAAUUCACUCAAAUUUGUGCUUGAAACAUGAAAAAUGCAUAAAAGUUUAAGGGAUCCUUUUGCGAUACCUUUUUGUUUGUCAGAGGAUAAAAACCAGGAACAACACAGUCAGCCUGAUGCCUCGUCUUACUGAAUCUGCAGCUACGCAUCUUGUUUCCUCCACAAAGAGAGGACACUGUAGGUAUGACAUCAAAGCUGGUGACACAUUCCUAUUGUAGUGAAUUUUUUCCCCACUACUCCACAGCCCAUGUCUUUUUCAUUAGAUAAACGAAGAUCCAUCAUUUUACCCCAAAACAUGCCUCAGGACAGGAAUGUUUUCAGCGGUCGGGCCAGGAGAAACCUCUGCUACUGGCUCGUUAAGAAAAAGAAGAAGAUCUCAACAUGUAAAGAAUGCAUCAUGGCUUCAUACAAAUAUCCCUGGGAAAUACCAGAAAGGUCCCUGAAGUAAACCCUGGAACGAACAACGAUACACAUGCAUAAACUCAUAUGGGAGAUGUAGAUUGGGCACUAAAUCUAAGAAGAAAGAAAGUUAUUUAAUGAAAGGAGUCCAGCUGCAAUCAAUCUGUAAAAAUGUAGUUCUCUGAAGCUGCCAGAAGUAGUGGAAAGGUUUAUAGCAAUGUCAGCUUAAGACAAUAUGUUGCAGGGUGCUGUUCAGUUCAUCAUCUGAAAAUGGAAAUACUGGAGAAAAAUGCAAAUCUAACAAAACAUGGCCGUUUAUUUAAUCUCGGAUGAUGUGGUAGGAAAACAAGAGAAGGAAAGAGGUCCGUGGUAACUGAGGAGGAGCUUCAGAUUCACUGUUCAGGAUCGGCUGUACGACAUGGACAGCGCCAGAAAGAAGGUGUCCUUCCAGUGGAUACAGACUGCUGCCACGCAAGCCGGUCAGAGCAGCACUAGCUGUAACACUCCUUCAGACCGCAGUAAGCCAAGCCAUGGAGAGACAAGUGCUCUUCCUCUCAGUGACUCUCCAGGGUCGGAGCGCCUUGGAGCUCUGAGUCUGGACACGCCCAAAAGAAAAGCGGAGGUGGUUAGUGAAAGUGUGCCAUCUGCAGGCAAAGCCAAGCUGAGAAAACUCUCCAGGAAAAAUUCAGAGACUUUUAGAGCUAUUAAGAGUCUCCCUUCAGCAAAAAUACGCCAGCAAGACAAAUCUCCAACAAGUCAACAUGUUCUGCCAACUUCCCAUCAUUCGUUCAUCUUGAAGAAGAAAGAGAGGACACCGGAGGAGGGGUCAAAGGCUAUCUGCCGGAUGGCGCUGAUUGCAGCCAUCGGCAAGACGAGAACCAGGCUUAGCUCAACCGGAGUCCCCAGCCCCGCGGCCGAGAGUGGCUCUUUACCCCGGGCUUCUGUUCCUGCGCAGACUGUAGAGCAAAGCGCUGAGCCUUUUGACAGCAGCGUGGACAGAAGCGGCUUCGUGAGGGGUCCUGGCGAGUACGAGGAUGUUGGGUCCCUCAGCGAGGAUCACAGCACUAAUGUUCGGGUGUUUGAGGACACACAAUCACAAAGUGACAGCCCAGAGCCAAAAACAUAUUCAAGGGAGCUGGUUUUCGUGGAGACCACCCCCCAUGGGGAAGUCUUUGCCCCUGAGGAUGAGGCUGAAGUUGAAGACGGCACACCGUCAGUCCCUCAGUUGGAGUUUAUUUUGGACUCUGGUUUUCCCACGCAACAGAACAGCCUGCAGAAUUGGAUUGCUUUAACUUCAGCGUCUCUGGCUUCUUUUUCACCCGCCAUCCAAAACGCUGGAACUGUGCAGACAGCUGCCGACGACACACAGUCGUAUUUAUUGCCAGAGAAGAGGACAGUUUAUAUUUCACCCGAGCAGCCGAAACAACCAGACCUGGAGCCUUUGAAUCCUUUCGGAGCUGAACUCCAGAAUUUUCCGUCAUCCGUCCAGGCCAAUUCACCGGAUCCAUUUUCUUUGCCCCUAUGUUCAACUGAAAGAGCACCUAACCUCUCUGUGACCUCUGCAGCGCCACGGAGACAAAGUGACUGUUUCACUUCUAUGCGUUUCCCUCCAUCCGAAUCAGACAGCUCCGCAUCCGCCAGAAGGUUAUCCUUGGGGGCUGACCCUCUGUGGACCAACUACCCUGACCGCAACGUCCAGGCUGGCUUCAUCGACACGCAUUGUCAUCUGGACAUGCUCUACGGAAAGCUGGGCUUCAGAGGGAGGUUCGGUCGCUUCAGGCAGACCUACAGCAGCAGCUUCAGUCCUGAGUUUCAAGGCUGCAUUACAGACUUCUGCAACCCGCACAUCAUGGCGAAGGAGGCCCUGUGGGAAGGUUUGCUUUCUGAGGACAUGGUGUGGGGGGCGUUUGGCUGCCACCCGCAUUUCGCCAAGGGCUACUCAAACACUCAGGAAAGCAACAUACUAAUGGCAAUGAGGCAUCCAAAAGCGGUGGCGUUUGGUGAAAUGGGCCUGGAUUAUUCCCACAAAAACUCUACUGACUCUUCAAGGCAAAAACAGGUGUUUGAGCGUCAGCUGCGUUUGGCCGUGGCCAUGCAGAAACCUCUGGUGAUCCACUGCCGGGACGCGGACGACGACCUGCUGGAGAUUAUGAAGAAGUGCGUGCCCAGAGAUUACAAGAUUCACAGACACUGUUUCACAAACAGUUAUUCUGUGAUCGAGCCUUUCCUGACAGAGUUCCCCAACCUGUAUGUGGGCUUCACAGCUCUGAUCACCUACACCAGGGCCAGGGAAGCCCGAGACGCAGUUCGCCAGAUCCCUCUGGACCGUAUCGUCCUGGAGACGGAUGCACCGUAUUUUCUGCCAAGACAGCUGGUGGACCUUAAAGCGGAGCUUUACAGAAAGCAGGAACAGUUUAAACGGGAGAAACUCGGGCAGGAAAAUGCUGAAGCUGGACUCAAGACGAAAGUCACCUCUAAGAAACCUAACAUCUUUAUUAAACAAAACGCUGGUGUGUCAGCUAGAGCUGCUAAGGAUGCAGAGCAGCUGGCAGAGGAGCAGGUCACUCUGGAUACAGCCAGGCGUAAACUGGAGGAGAAGGCCAGACUCUAUGACCAGAUGACAAAGGGAGACUUUCCAGAUGAAGAGACGGAGGCACUAUACCUCGUUGACUUCACCCAGAAGAUAAUCAACAAGAAGAGAGAAACUCUUGCACAGAAGGAGAUGCAGAAUGAGGAUGAGGAUAAAGCCAGGUUGUCGCCCAUCCCUCCUCCCCAGAAUCCAGAUGAGGAAUGGGUGGAUUAUGUGGAUGCUUUGGGACGGUCUAGAAGAUGCAUGAAGAAAGAUCUGCCAAACUUUGUGAAAAUGGACCAGGAUCUUAACGGAAAAGGGAUAAUCCCGAACGACAAGACCUUACUCUCAGAGGACAUGCGUCGAGAGCUGCAGCGGCAGGAGUGGGAGAGGGAGGAGGAGGAGGCCAUGAAGAGGCCGGUUGGACCCAUCCACUAUGAGGACAUUAGAGCACAAGAGGCCCGAGAGCUCGGUGUGGGCUACUUCGCUUUCUCUCAGGACCAAGAGCAGCGCAGGAAGCAAAGAGAAACUCUGGACAUGCUCAGAGACCAGACGACAGAUCAGCGGACGAAAAGAGAACGACUCAAAGAGAAGAGGCAGGCUGUCCUGCAGGCUCGACUGGCCAAGGUGAGGCAGAGGAAGAUGAAGAAGGCAAAGCUGGACGGCACCGAGGAAGAGGAGAAAGAGGAAGAAAAUCGAGCGGAGGAAGAGGAGGAUGAGCCAGUCGGACCGAUCCCUCAGCCGGACGUGCCGCCAGAGGUCAGCACUCUGAGGAGGGUGGAGGUGGAGAUCCAGGAGAGGAGGGACACCAAACCUGGAGUCCCUCAUGUCAGAGAAUGGGACAGAGGCAAAGAAUUCAUGUUUAGCGAAUGGAAAACUCGACGCAGAGAUGAGCGAGACUCUGAGUUUGCUCCUCCCUCUGCGUACUUCGCUGAUGACAAAAGACCAAAACCAGGAAAGGCUAAAAUUUAUCAGAGUAAAUCAAACAUGUUCUUUAAGUCAACAACAUUUCCAGAAGAAGUUCCUGAGACUAAACCAGAACCUCCUGCUGUGUCAUCACCGCCUGAGCCUCAGAAGGAAAAUCCCCCAGCAUCCUCUCUGUCUGCACAGCCCGCACCUCCAGGCAGCUCCUUACCUUCAGCUCCACCUUUCAUUCCUCAGUAUCCGCCGCCGCCUCCUUUCUAUCCCUCGUUUCCUCCGCCGCCUCCCUUUCAGUUUGCAGGACCGCCUCAUGCCUUUCCUCCGUUCCCCCCGCCGUACCAGUACCCGACCAGGUACGCAUCCCAGGAGCCGCCGCCUCCAGGAGAAGAGAGCCAGACUGAGCAGGUUUCUGGAGGCGCGCCUCAGAGUUUAGACGCCAUGUUGUCCUUCUACAGGAACUCCACCUGAGGGCUUCUUCCAUGAACAUAAACACUUCAACUGAGCCAAUAGAAACCGAGUCUCGCUAAGAAUUAAAGUAUUUAAUAAACAGGUUUCCAUUGAAAACUGUUGCUUUUUGUUUUGUUGUAUUUGAAAAUGUUUUAUCUUUCAUGCUGCUCCAAGUAAAAUUCUUCAUGAAACUAUA